GAGUUGUGAUUUCCCUCUCAUUUUUGUGUCACUUUGGCAGUCAGUUAUAACACAAAGCUCAGUGGGGGGUGGGAGUGGGGGUGGGGGGUCCUCUGAGUCUAGUCAUUCAGCACUGUGCUGACACCUGUUGGUCAUACAUAGUUAAGCAGCACUGGCCCCAGUACCUUCCUCCCUCCCAUAUGCACCCUUACCUGCCAGGCACUGGAAGAAUAAGCUGUGGUUAACACUGCUCCUCCUCCCCGCACCCCCAACCCCCUGCCAACACCAUCCUUCAAACUUCAGAAUUUUCCCCCAAUGACCUCCAGCAGUGUGGAAUUUCCAUUCUAUCCAGUACUAUAGAAAUGUAAGAACCAGAUCUCAAGGAACUGGGUGGCAAGAAAAGAAAGAGGCAGAUAAUUUGAGACUGGGGGAUGGGCAAACCCCUCCUCCAUACCUCAAGAAUCAAGACUUUUCCACAGAAUUCUAUUCUUUUUGACCUUUGUCAAAUUUUUUUCUAGAUUGCUCCUGGGCCAUAGGACUUGGUGACAGGGGUGAUGAACCGGAGGUUGGGCAGAGUGGGUAGGCGGGGCAAAGGGGUGGGGCCAGAGGGGCCCUGGCUGGGGAGCUUCUCCAUUCUGUCAGCCCUCCGGUCCGGGAACAUCCAAGGCAAGACUGGCACCCAGUGCAGCAGGGAAGCCUGUGGCCUUUUUCCAGUGACUGACCACAUACCUCACUUCCCAGGAACCAUGGAGUCCUUUAGCUCCAAGAGUCUGGCACUGCAAGCAGAGAAGAAGCUACUGAGUAAGAUGGCAGGUCGGUCUGUAGCUCAUCUCUUCAUUGAUGAAACAAGCAGUGAGGUGCUAGAUGAGCUCUACCGUGUGUCCAAGGAGUACACGCGCAGCCGGCCCCAGGCCCAGCGGGUUAUCAAGGACCUGAUCAAGGUGGCUGUCAAGGUGGCCGUGCUGCACCGCAGUGGCUGCUUUGGCUCCAGUGAACUGGCCCUGGCUACCCGCUUUCGUGAGAAGCUGCGGCAAGGGGCCAUGACAGCACUUAGCUUUGGUGAGGUGGACUUCACCUUUGAGGCUGCUGUUCUGGCAGACCUGCUGACCGAGUGUCGGGAUGUGCUGCUGGAGUUGGUGGAGCACCAUCUCACACCCAAGUCACACGGCCGCAUCCGCCACGUGUUUGAUCACUUUUCUGACCCAGGCCUGCUCACAGCCCUCUACGGGCCUGAGUUCACUCAGCACCUUGGCAAGAUCUGUGAUGGGCUCAGGAAGCUGCUGGAUGAGGGGAAGCUCUGAGAGCCCUGGGCCCAGCAUAUUCCAGCUCAGCAAAAUGGCUGAGUGAGAAAACAACAGAUAGUGGGCUUCCUACCCUGCUCACCUGCACUAACCUUUCAGUACUCAGGCUUCAUUCUUUCCCAAGAGCACUUUUGACUCUGAGACCACCCCACCCCCAAACUGUUGGUGGAGAAGGAGCAAUGCUAAGGGGUGAGGGCCCUCUCCCACUCAAGCCCCAGGACAGGAAACAGAGCUGUGUGAAAAGGCGAAAUGAAACUUGGAUCUCUAUAUCUCCUACAAGGGACUUCUGAAACAAGCAAGGCUCCCCCCACCCUCUGAACCAGGGAAGGGGAAAGCACCCAUAUAACCCCACUGGGACACUGAAGACAGAAGUGGGGAAGGUGGCCCUUAGAGACAUAGCUUGGACAGAUACUGGAGGCUCUGCUCCACAGUGCAGGAAGAAGGGGCCAGGGCAAGGGAGAUUCUCUUAGGGGAAAUAAAACUACUGCAACAUG